UCCGAGGUGGCGCAAACGGAAAAUAUAUGUUGCUGAAAAUUAUUUUAAACCAGGUAUCAGACCAUGUCGUGACGACAAUAUGAUAUGCACCGUGCGGGCGUUCAAUGAGUGUUGUGGCGGAUGCAUACUUCCCGGAGAAGCGAUCAACAGCCCAGGCCGAGGAUAAUGCAAUGACCAGUCAUCGGAAGGCACCGAGGUUGCUCGAUCCGCUAUUGGAGUUAUAUCCAUUGGGUUCUCCAUUAAAGCACCGACCUUCGCUGACGAUAAUCCAGGGGAUAAUCCCUUCCUCGUUGCUAACUAACCGUGGCACGAAAUGGCGGCUAAUAGCGUUUCUACGGAGCACCAUAAGUGGUAUGUACGGAACAAAAAAAAAUCUGUCGGAAUCCGACGUCUUUGAGGCUUCGAAAUGGGCUGUGCCCUGCGAACUUCGAAGGUAUAGUAUAUAUCCUUGCGACACGGUAGUCACAUUCCUCCCCAUCACGACCAUGCAGCUCCCAUUUUUCUUCGGCACCGUGGCACUCAUGUUCUGUUUCGCUCUUGCCACUCUUACACUAGAAGCCUUUCCAAAACGUUAUUCUAUGGCCAACCGAGAAAAAUUUGACAAUGAGGCAAAUCAUGACGAUGAUAUUCGUCAGGAUGAUCUUGUCUAUUUGUAUGACUUGUGGCAUUCAAAGAGGAGAUGACUUUGUCCGACAAAAAGAGAGGUACUACUGUCUCCUAACACAUGACUUAACACGUGGCUCGCAUGCUUUUCAGCUGCGGUUUCAAGAAGGCCUGGGGCUCGUUCCUACUUAUAGAACUUCGUCAGUCACUGGCUGACU